UCUGUCAGUCAGUUGUGGCAUGUUUCAAUUCACGCGAGACGUUUCUCGAAAAUUACGAAGAUAUUGCUGCAUAACACAUGAGUUUCAAUCGAAAACGUGUUUGAGUGCAAGUAUAACAAAGUGCUGUAUCAUUUUAGGUAACAAGCGGGCGGCUAAUAUUCAAUAUCGUGAAGUAAACUAAGUAUAUCUCCCAGGUGUCCUUAAACCGCAGUUUUAAGACCUUGCUCAUACAUAAGCAGUUGAAUAAUGGCCAAAUGGGGCGAAGGAGACCCUCGAUGGAUCGUGGAGGAGCGCCCGGACGCAACAAACGUUAACAAUUGGCAUUGGACUGAGAAAAAUGCAGGCCCAUGGUCCAAAGAACGUCUCAAAGAGUUAUUGAAUGAUUUGAAAAUUGAACAAAACGGUGUGGAAUGUAAGAUAGUUGAGGUGGACAAGAUCGAUGGCGAAGCAUCGGCGAAUAAUAGGAAAGGAAAAUUAAUAUUUUUCUAUGAAUGGGACAUUAAAUUGAAAUGGGAAGGUGUGCUGGCUGGUGGUAGUGAAAAGGUUAAAGGAGAGGUGCAUAUCCUGAAUCUAUCGGAAGAGAAUGACGUCAGCGAAGUAGACAUGACUGUGACAAUCAAAGGCAGUGGGGAAGAAGCACAACGUGUGAAAGCGUUCAUGCACAACAUCGGCAAAAACGAAAUACGGAAACAACUGACAGAAUACAUCCGGAGUCUCAAGGAGGAGUUCUCGAAAGGCCUUAUCCUUCCCAAAAAGGGAGAGGCUCAAGUGAAACCUGACAAUGUUUCAAUGAUCACCAGUGGCUUUAAUAAAAAGAUCAGUAUGGAGCCUGUGAUGUCCCCACAGAAUACGCAGAUUGGUUGCAAGCUGGACACAAAGACGAUAGAGAUGUCAGAGAAGUUCCAGUGUCGCGCUCAGGAGUUCUAUGACGCAAUGACUCGAAUAGAGAUGGUCACUGCUUUCACACAGGGCCAUGUUAAAAUCGAAGCUGAAAAGGGCGGUAAAUUCGCGUUCUUCGGUGGCAAUGUGACAGGAGAGUUCAAGGAAUUGGUGCCAGGCAAGAAGAUUGUCCAAUACUGGCGAUACAAGCAAUGGCCUGACCAACACUUCUCAGAAGUCACUUUCAAUAUUGAAGAGAAGGAUGACCACACGCUGGUCUCGCUGAGGCAGGAGCUGGUGCCGGCGGCGGAGGUGGAACAAACGCGCGACAACUGGCAGCGGUACUACUUCGACAGUAUUAAACGCGCGUUCGGCUUCGGAGCGUUUCUGUGAUCGCUGCACACUCGUAGGGAAAUUAGGUUCAAUUUUACAAAUAACGUAAUUGACCCAGACGGACAGCGCACACAAGGUCCCGGUGCACUGUGGAGAUUUCUCUUUUGUACAUUUUGCAAUGCAUCCGUGGUUCUGUAACGGUGUAACAAUGGACUUAUAUGAAAUAGAAAUCAAGCUGGACUCUGCGAGUGUUAGGUUGGCAACACUGAACGGAUUGGUUACGGCAACACUGGUGUGUAGAUAGACCGGCUCAAAGGACAGAUAUACCGAGCCGAAAUUAGAAACAUUCGAUAUUUAAAUUGUUGGUUAUUACAGUGUUUAAGAUUGAACCUUUGUUUUUUCUAGAAUAAUGGGCCGUGUGGCUUGCUUGGCAUAUUUGUCAUGGUACCAUAGAGAAUUUUAUAUAGUAAAUUAACAGAAAAAAAAUCAUAGCUAUUUUAUUACCGAUUGUAAUUAAGAUUUAUAACCGGCUGGUAUCCGCACGCCAUUAAACUAUGUACAAAGUAACGCUUUUAUACCGCACUAGGAAAUAAUAGCACAUUGUAGGAGAUAGUUCCUAUUGUCCUUUUGCAUCUUCCCUCAUAGUCAUAGUAUAAUGCUGUUUGUACUUCGGUAUUAGUGUUUGCUUUGGCCUAAUUGCUUUUCUAUUUAAACCUCUUUAGUGGUGUACUUAUGAUAUAAAGUAAAUAGUAAUGUUUUUUUGACAUCUUGAAUCCGUAACUUUGUUACAGAUUAUGGUUAAUGGUUGGUUCGUAUUACGGAGAUUUUAGUAGAAAUAGGAUCGAAUUUUGAAUACGCACUAAUCAUGUCACCAUUUAUCGAUAUCGAUAACAUGGUUAAUUAUUCUUAUCGAUUAAAGCCCCUAAUUUGAUUAUGAUUAUUUAUUGCCAUAGACAUAAACAGUGUAAAAUAAUCAUGUUCUAUCGAAUUUUCAUAUCGAUAUUUGUCAAAUUGUCGACAGUUUCACUCGUAUUAAAGAGGUUUUAUCUUACCUAUCUACGCACUAAGUGUCCGUAUUCCUUAUAAAAUAUUAAUACCACAUUGACAAAACGCCUUUUUAUAGUAUGUAAGCGUGAUCCAACAAAUAGAACAGUGAUAUAGAUACUAAAAUAUCGUUAGCGUCUGUUUUGUUUUAUUCAAUGUAACUAGUAUGUUAAUGAAUAGGUCGAUUGUCUCAAGCUGGCGCGAACAAAUCCACAUGUAACGUGGAUCUAUUGUCGGUGACUUAAGUCAAACGUCAUGACGGCUUCAACAAUGUCAAAAAUGAGGGUUUUUUGGUUUUAUGGACUGUGUUAAAUGAAUAAAAAAA